UCUGCGUUUUGUACACAAAUGUAGCGUAUUGAGUAAAAGCUAAAUUUUAUUGCUUGGUGUGCAGUUUAGUACAUCUCGCAACCAAUAAUGAAUGCAAUUUCUUGAUCUGCUUUAUAAUAUCUUGAGUGCCUGGAUUGUUUGGAGCAGGUAUUUGAAAGGGAGUUGAUUUGCUGCAAUUUUUUAUACACAAAGAAAAAUUGAUGGACAGAGCAAGCAAAGUUAUUCGAAGGAGCAGUGUUCGUCUGAAAUCAUUAGGAGCUGGCCAUUCUGAUUUAAAUAUGGUAAUAUCCGAAUUAAAAGAUUUAAGGCAUGCUACUAAAGCAUUUAUGUCUGCACAAAAUUCAGCCACUCAAGACAUGGUCAAAUGGGCUACCUGUGAUGAAAAUAGAGCAAUUCAGGACAUCAUGAGCCAGUUGGGUGAACUAAAUAGUAUGUGGACAGAUGUACAAAAGGAUUUCAUUGAACAUUUGAAGACUUUUAAGAAUCAUUUCGAAUUAAUCCUAGAAGGUGAAAGGCAGUUCGACAUUGCUCAAAACCAAUUAAUGACAUGUGAGCAACAUGAGCAAAAAAUACGCAAAGAAUUAAAAAGAGCUUCCAAGAAGGCAACUGAGGAUGAAAUAAACAGUUUAGAAAUUAAAUUAUCUCAGGCUGAACGAGCUAAGUACCUUGCACAGCUUGAAGUUGUGGAAUUGGCUCAUAAAAAUGAAGCAGUUAAGGUUGUGCGUCUGAAAGAUGGUUUAUUGAAACUUUCUGAAGCAUAUGUAGAACUUGCCAAUAAGUGUGCAAUUAUUUUUGAAGCUCAAAGGGAAGUUUCUCAUUAUUUACCCGAUGUCCAUAGUAGAGAUAUGAAUGAAUUAAAAUAUACAGGAUCUGGAGCUUGUAAGCAAGCUGUAGCUAAAGCUCGAGAUCGAGUUCAUCAAUACAAACGCCACAAUUAUCGUUUAGUACCUUCAAGCUCAAUUAUAGAAGAUCCACCCCCACCAUACACACCCGGGUUUUACAAUCCUGCCACGGGACGGCCGUACAAUGAAGCCACAGAUAACUGCCUCAACAGUCAGCCAGCUGUGAUCCAAAGACAGAGAGCAGUUGCUGCAAACACAAUUUCACCAUCCUGCCCUCCUUACCCUUCACCAUCACCUCCAUAUUAUGUCACCUCUUCUAUCAUGCCAAGUACAAGGCACCCAUCAGAAAUGCUUUCUCGGCAGAGUGGUGGGGGCAACAACUAUGAAGAUGAAAUUUCUGAAGCUAUGGGUGCUACAAAUAUUUGAAAUGGGUGUUUAUUAUUUUUUAAACUGACUAUUGAGUUUUAAAUAUUUUUUUCAUGAUUUAGGGAUGAGAAAGUAUAUUUCCUAAUGAUAUCUAAGUCUUAUUGUAUAUACAAAUACAUAUAUAUAUAGAGAGAGAGAGUGAGAAAUUUUUCCAUACUUGGGAAAUGCAAAAUGAGUAUUUUUUAAUAUGAUUUAAAAUCAAAGUUGCUGCCAUCAUUGAUAGCAGUAUUGAUCAGCUUUAAGGAGUGAAUGGUGUAAGAGUGCAUUAUUUUUGCUUCAGACUUAGACUUGAAGCAGUUUAAAUUUGAUUCCAGUAAUGUUUUCCUUAAACCGUUAAUGUGAAAUAAAUUGAUAUGAGAUAUACUUAUGGGGACUUGUUUCAAUACUCGUUGAUAAAUGUUUCUUUACCAUAAAAAUAAAAUCAGCAAUAAUCAAGAGCUAUUUUUCUGGAAAUGCUAUUGUUUGUUGUGUGUAUAAUGUCCAAUCCUUACAAAAAAAUAUUUAAAUGCUUAUAUUUAUAGUACAGUUUUGUUUUGUUACUAUGAUUAAAACUUAAUUGGUGAUGGAAAAAAAUUGUAUUAUGUUUAAAAAUUAAGUCUUAAUUUCAUUUGCAAAUAAGAAGUUUACUUUUUUUUUAAAAAAUGCAAUCGAUGUGUCUUCUGUACAAUGAUUGUAACUUCUUCUAUGGUUCUCUUGCAUUAAUCAAUUUAGAAAUAGUUUUGCUUGGAAAGUUUUCAUGAUUAUUUUUGACUACUUUUCUAAUAAAAUGAAAUCACAUUUAUUAUUGCCAAUCCUUUUUUUUUUCAUUCUUUUCACUCUAAGAACUUAAAAGUUAUGAGCUACUUUUGUACCCAAAUUGGUUCUAGGAGCAUAUAGGAAUUUAUCUCGAGAGACACUAGCCAAAUUUUUUGAAACUUAAGUUUGAAAAUAUUUAAAUCCUUAUUUCCAUUGAGUAGUUAAAACUUAUUACGGGAGGAACCCGGGCCCCUUUGGCUUCCCCUUAAAUAAGUCCUUUAUUAGUACCUUCAAAUAACAUUAAUUACCAACUAAAAGUAAAUGAAAUUGCCAUUUUACAUUCAAUUUCUGGUUCUUUAUUUUUAACAAUGUGUGCUGGAAACAAUUCAAUGUAUCUUCUGAACUACCACUGAAAAGUAGAAAACAAAAAUGCGUGUUAGUCAAUUGUGUCAAUUUUAAGCAUCAUCAUAUUCUUAGCAACUGUGGAAUUUGGUUAAACCAAUCCAUAACUAUUAAAUGACUUUAGUAAAAUUCAGUUUAAUACCUCUAUUAUAAAAUUGUAUCAUAAUUUUCCUAAUAAUAUUAUAAUUUUGUUUUUGAUAAUGUUAAACUGUGGCUUGUUUACAAAAAAAGAAGAAAAAUCAUAUAUUUUUACAUCUGUUUUAUACUCUUUUUUUUUUUUGGUCACUUAUGAGCAUUUAAUUUAAAAACUGCAAAAUUGUGACAAAUUUGUUUGUAUUAAACCAUUGGAAUGCAGGAAAUAAAAAUAAGAAGAGGGAGGGGAACAGGGACGUAUUAUUGCUUAAAGUUAAGAAUUUUUCAAAAUUUGUAAAGAGCAGUAAUUUAGUUCUCGUGUAUUGAGUGCCAGUUUCUAAAAACGUACAUAGUUUCUUACUAUACCCUAUAUGUUGUAUUUACAAGGUAAUAUUCAUAUUUUCUUUAAGUACCUGUUAGCACUUACUGAGGUCUAGUGGAUUCCUUUUCAGUUCCUUUUUUUUUGAGAAUAAUUUUUUAUUUCAUAAAAUUUUUUAAAGAAAUCUUUUUAAAUGUUGGAUGAAAAUUACAGGUAUUUUGGUGUUAUUUAAAAAAUCGACAAUUUGUUUCACAUAUCGUUGCGUUAUCAGCAGCAGUAAGAUACCUUAUUGUUAUUUCUGGGAUUAUAUAUCUUACUGUUGCUCUGAGGCGACGAUAUAAUACUUGACCUCUGCAAAUAAAUAAGGUUUUUAUAUGGAAAAAGUUAAAAAUCUACCUCCCCCCCAAAAAACCCCAAUAAUAUUUUUUUUUGUUGGGAUAAUGAUGGUUUUUAGAAUUCAGAAUGAGCUUUUGAAAUCUCAGUAUUUAAAGUUUGCGAAGUGUCUCAAUUUAUUAGUGCCAAAUGAAGGAAAUCUUUUCUUAAGUUAAUCAAAAUUAUCAGAACUUUCAAACAUAUAACUUUAUAAGAUAUUAUGCAAUUAUUGUAUUUUGUUCUGAGGUAAAACAAGGAUUAAAUGACAACAUAUUUUUCGAAUUUGUUAUUUUAUCCAUAAUCGUUCCGUAUUACCCCGCAUUAUCUGGCAUACCACAAAAUUCGGGGGUCACAAGAUUUUCAAUAACACUUACCUGGUCCUUUCCUGUGUGCCGGAAAAAUCGAGGUUAGGAAAAAAAAUUAUAUUAUAAAAACUAAAUGUUCAGCUUAAAAAUGAAUGCAAGUUCUAUACAUAUCUUAUUAGUAUAAACAGUUUAGUUUUGUAAAAAUAUUUCCUAGCAAUGCUAUUUGUAAUUUUAACAAUAAAAAUAUUGUUUCAUAACGAAUAAUUUUAUCAAAAUUAAAUUAAAACUAAGUAAGCAAACAUUUAAGCAGUAAGUUACCGUUCCUAAACCAGUACUAAAGAACUUACCAUAACUAUUCAAUAAAUAAAAAUUAAACUUACUUCUUUAAAAGGAACCUAAAAUAAUUUAUUUAAAAAAAUUAUGAACAAAUCGCAGUAACGAUGAUUGUUUCUGAAUUUAUUACUUUAUUGGCAUAUAAUUAAAUCUAUUAAUAAUGACCUCACAUAAAUAACAAACAGGUAUUAUAUGCAAUAUACAUUUUUUUCGAAAAAAGGUUACUUUUGGGAUUUAUUUAUUUAUUUUUUCUCACAGUGGUUUGCUUUCUGAUUAGAGCUGAAUGGGGAAAUUUACUUUUGUUUUGUUGCAAAAUAAACCUCAAAUUAUCCGGCAUGCCGGAUAAUGCUGGGUAAUACGGUAACUCUUCCAGUGACAAUCCAUAUUAUAGUUUCUUCUGCUCAGAAAGGUGACAGGGAGGAGUAGUUUUACUGUAUACAUGAAUUAAAUUUUCAAAAACUACUAUAAAAAGCUUUUUUAUAAUGGUAAAUAUUUAAAAUUGCACGCUACAAUGUAAAGAUGUAAUUAAACUGAUUAACAUGGAUUUGCCAUAAGAAAUAACAACUUUUUUUAUUAUUUAUUUUUUGACAAACAAGUAAAAGACAAAAAAAAAAAAAAAAAAAAAAAAAAAAAACAAGCAAAUUGGUUUGAUUUGAUUGAAUUCCCUUAUUUAUAGUUCUCAGUGUAGAGGUUUCUCAUUUUGUUGACUUUGAAAGUGGUGUCCAUUUUAAGUUGUAGGGAAUAUAAAUGUCUUUUAACUUAUCAGUACCUUUAAAAAUUUUACGUCAUUAACUUAAAUCAAUUUAAUAUUUAAACUUAAUAUGAGGACAUUAUCACCUAUCAACGUUUUUCAGUCCAUUCAAUUACCAACCCUAAAAUAUGACCUUAAAUAUAAAUGGCUAACACACCACAUUAAAAACAAAGCCUCAUAUGUGAAAAUAGGGAUUUUAUCUGUGCAAAGUUUUAUUUAAAAAUGGUGGGAUUUUAAACACGUUAAAAUUUAGUACCCUUUUUGGAAAUGAGGUUUAGUUAACUCACAAGCAAGCCUUUCAUUUAAGGGGGUCAGGAGGGGGCAAUUGCUUCCCCGUGGCCUUACAAAGUAAAUAUAUUUCUAUGUAAGUGGGCAUACUUUUUGUUGUUUUUCAAUAAAAUUUGCAUUGAGUACAUCCCCUCCCCCGCCUUCCCCCAUUGAAACAAAAGGUCAGGUCGGCUCUUAAGAAUGUGAAUGGGUUUGAGAGGCCCGAGGAAAACAUAAAAAUUAAGCUAGUUCAACCCACAGCAUGUUUUUGCAGGUUAAAAAAGGGGAAAUAAAUGAAAAUAAAUAAAUAAAUCACAGAUACAUUUAUUUUUUACAUGUACUGUUGUUCUUUGGCUUAUUUGAAUAGUUGGUACGGUGUGAAAGUUUGUAAUGAAUAUAAAUGUGAUAAAUGUUGCACAACAUUUUUUGCAUAAUGGAUUUUUUAAGGCAAAUAUAGCUUUAAAUUCAUUCUGAAAACAUUUUGUAAAAAAAGGAAUAAAAAAGAAGAAGAAAAAUGAUUCUUUAAAUGUAGGUAUGAAGGAAAAUUCUCCCAGUAUCGUAGUAUCUUUGAUAACUACUAGAUUUAGUUCUCUGGUUAUGAACAAUUUAACCUGUAUACAAAUUUCAAAUGUAAUGUUAUUUUCCUUGAAUGUUUAAUUGAUGUAAAUCUUUCUCAUCACUGAAUCAGUCAUGUGUACAUGUAUAUAAGCAUAUAAAUUAAAUCAAAACAUAUUUAUUUUAUGUAAUAAAACUAGUGUUUUUACCUUCCUUGUCUGAACAGAAGACUUGAUUUUCAUCUGACAUGAUGAAUUUUGUAUAGAUUUUGUUCAUUUUGCUGGUUGUUGUUUCUGUUAUUUUAAGUAGCUUUUUGGAACAUAUAUUUUCAAUCAUUUAUGAAUUUAAUAUGUUUCUGUGGAGAGUUUUAAUUUUAGAAUAUUUUAGGUUAAAAUGCUGCUAUAAUUUUGUUGGUUAUAUUUUUACGUUACAAAUGCCAACUUAUUUUUAAGGUUUUGAGGAAAAAAAGAAAACGUUUUGGGUAAACUUAGUAAUUUUUAAUUAUUAAAACAUUUUAAAGUGUUAUUUUAAUGUUUGGUAUUCAGUUACAGCCGCAUUUUCCUGGGGGAAAAAAAAAGACUUUAAGUUAAUCUAGAGUUUUCUCCGGUGGUUGCAUCUCCACACAACCAUGUUUGGUUGAGCAUAAGCCUUUUUCCAAGGUCAAAACUAACUAGUCUUCCAUUUUAUAACCAUCUUGCUGAGCAUAGAAGUUGUAUCUGCACUUUUUAACAAAAUUGAGUUAUUGUCACUAGGUCAUUCUUUGUAGCGUAUUUUACCUAAAUACAAUGUUCCAUGGUUAUUUAAGAAUAGGAAAUAUUAAAAGAAAAAAAUUCUUAAAAAGUAGCAUCUGAAUUAAAUACAUGGAGGUGUAAAACUUUGAAAAGCAAUUUCUCAGUUAGAAAAAACGUUAUUGAAUUCACUAUUAUUAAAUUAAACUUUUCUGUGUAAAAAAAUAUUUACGAAAAAGUUGGAAUUUAGACUGAAUGUUUUUUCGACAUAAUUUUGUUAUUGAUUGCGAUACUAAUUGAAAUAAAACAUGCUGUACAUAGUGCGAUUCAUGAAAUUUUACACUAUUCAUUCUUUGUAAAAUUAAUAAAAAACAGCUCCUUGUAAUAAGUGUUUCACCAUCCAGACGCAAAUGAGAUAUGAUCCCUGCCAAACCACCUGACCUUGUGAUUUCUAAUGUAAAAUAUCGACUUAGAGAAUAUUAUGUAAGAAUGGGUUUGCCCCCCCCCCCAAGUAAGGACAUGUAGAGGUUUUUCCAACACCCCUCCCCUUGGGAACCUUAUGUAAUUGAUGAAUGGCCCUUUUUCACAGCAGUAUAGCUUUCUCACGAAAAAAAGUGCAUUUUCUUUUGAUAAAAAUAUUUAAUAUUUUUUAAAAGAUAUUGUAACUCGCACUUAUUUUGUGUCUUAGAGUUGAUGCAUUUGACUCAAAACCAGAAUAUUCUAGGGGAGAAUCCUGGCAUUGAAAUCACCACUUUGCAGAAGAGCCAAUGUGAUUGUUUUGGGGAAACCUUUAUUGAGUUACCUGAUAGUUUUCCUGGUAUUGUCCUAUUCAAUAUGGAAUUGAGAGAGUUUUCACUGUUGAAAGUCCUCCAGGAGGCCAAAGUAAGCUGCACUGAAAAAAAAAGCCCUGAACGCUUUGUCUGGUGCAAUAAAAAUAUUUAUUGCCUCUAAAUAAAGUUAUUCCGUUACAAAGUUAUUACUAUAAUAUCAGUAGAUUUUACAAUAAUUUAAAUGUCUACCUUUAGCUUAUUUAAUGACUUUAAUACUUCAAAUAAUUUUCUCUGACUGUCUAGCUUGUUAUGAAUUUAAUCAUUAAACUUUAUACUUUGGCAGAAUUAAAGUGUUGACGUGCUAACACACUUUUUUGUAAUUAAAUAAUAGUCACUUUUGCCAUAUUUUAUAGAAUAUGCAGUCUAUUCUGUUCUAACAUGGCUACCAUAAAGUGGGAGGAGGGUCCUCAAAAAUGCUCCUUCUGCAAUCAAAACAGUAGAAAAAAAAAUAAUUUUUUUUUGCAGUUUUUUUUCCUUUUAGGAUUAUUUUUGUAGAUUGACUAUGAAACUAAAAGUAGUUUUCAAUAGCGUACUCAAAAUUCUAUGUGGUGAUAUUAAAAAUAAAAAAAAAGUUCAUUAUACGUAUUAAUGAAACAGGCUAAUAGAGAAAUAAAAUUUGCAAGCAGUCAUUUCAAGACUAAAAAAGAAAGUCUCUUCCUUAGUACAAAAGAGAGAGGUUCACAACAACCACAAGAAGAGCAAAUGGACGUGCCAUUAAGAAAUGUAAAACAAUAAAAAAAAUUUUUGUUGCUUUUUGAAAAUUUGUAAUCAUAACUUUUUGUUGUAGUUGAACUACUAGCAGAAUAAGGUUCUAACACUAUUUCAAGUACAUAAAUGUACUUGACAAAAUCUGGAAUUAUUUCAUAUUUUAUGUUAUUUCACUACUGAUGUAUUGCAGGGACGGAUCCAGAAAUAUUUGUAAGGGGGGGUCUAGUUUCAAUGGCCGGCGUUAUAUCUUCUACGUAAAAAACUUCUCUUAAGCAGGGUUACCCAUCCCCUCAAGGGUGAUGGCACCCCCUCCCCCUAUUGAAAUGAAAAGCCAUUCAAGUUCCCCCUCCUUAGAAUCUUGUUUCAAUGGUUAUGCUUGUUAGAGGUGAUUGUUCUUUUGAAAAUGAACAAAUAAACUGAAAACAGCAAUAGCCUAUUUAAACGAACCCAGUCGAUGUUUUUAAUUGUGACGAGCUGAGAACCUUACAGAACAAAGCAAAAAACAGGUUAACAGUGAUUCCAUGUACUAUUUUUUUUUAGAUCUAAGAAUUUGAAGAUUGGUAAUAAUCAUAACAAAAUUUUUGUUAUGGGGGGGGGGGGGCAGCUGACCCUUUUACCCUCCCCUCAAUCUGCCCCUGAUGUAUUGUCAGAUGAUGAUGAUGCCUAAGUGAUACACAGAGGAAACUGAAUGUGUGCAAUUAUGCAUAUUGAUGAAAUAAAACAUGAAAGUUCGUUCAAAAUUCACUAUUUUACAUUGAGAACUUUGAUUCCUAUCUUUUAGAAAGUACAAAAUAAAUUCUCUGUGAAAUAGAGUGGGUUUUAACCCAUUUAUGCAUGUAUUUUAAACAUUGAAGGAUCUGUGGUUGAUUUCAAUGUUUCAUCAUUGUUUUAAAUUUUUCUCCUUGUUGAAAAUAAUUUUUGUUUUGUUUUAAAAUUGUAUUUUUGUUCUUUUUUUGUCUGGGUUUAAAAUUUACUUUACAUAACCUUCCCAUGUAUUUCCCCUUUUGGUGUUGCUCUAACUUUCAAAAAAAAAAAAAAAAAAAGACUGUCUCACUUUAAAACGGAAAGUUGGCAUUUGUAAUUUUAAUUUUGUGUUAAAUAACUUAUGAGUUGUGGUUCUCCAUCUUCCUACUGCCUUAAUGGGAUUCAAAUGAUUUCUUGUUUGACAUGACUGUGAAGAAAAGUGCCAGUGUGAGGUUUAUCGUAAUUGUAUAAGGAAAGGACAGAUGUAUAAAGUUUGAGUAUAGAUUAAGCAAAAGCUGUUGCUUAAACUGUUGUACUUGCAAAAGUGAGCUUACGAAAUAAAUGUAUCCUAUAUAA